AUCAUUUCAAGAUAAGGCCAGCGUUAACAUCCGGCGCAAAAUGGAUCCCCUUUCGUGGACCUGGCUCGUUUUUAUCGUGUCAUUUGUAUUUGUGUUACUUUCUUACUCUCCUGAGGUAUACAAUUUUUUACCACAUCUUAUAAAAGAUGUCGUCGUUUACGGAAAGCUCCUAGACCCGAGGAAACGAACCGGUAUUCAGCAGUAUUUACUGGUGCCAAAAAGAUGGUUUGUCCACUUUUAUAUCCUUUCCUUCAUCUGGAAUGGCUUCAUCUUAAUGAAUGUUGUUCAGUGUACUUUACAAGGUUCAGUCCUGCCUCUCUGGUUUUCUAAGAUGAUGUCCUUCCUCACAAGUUAUCCUGUAUCCCCUCCAGCAGUUGACCUUCUGACCGUUUUAAUCGCCAUGGCUGUAAUAGUGAUCCACGCUCACAGAAGGAUCUAUGAGUGUCUUGCCGUCAGUGUGUAUUCAAACUCCAGUAUCCAUGUGACUCACUACAUCACUGGUAUCUUCUUUUACUCUUUCAUUGGCAUCAGCAUCAUGGCAGAGGGACCCAAUCUCAGUUUAAAAGGUACCGGUGAACCUAUCCAACUAAUGGAUCUUGUGGAAGACUUACGCUGGCAUCACAUAGCAGGUUUAUUGAUGUUUGUUUGGGCCAGUUGGCAUCAUCAUAUAGCUCAUGUCAUCUUUGCCAGUUUGAGAAAAACAAAGAAAGAUGUGAGCCGUCAUAUGAUUCCACAAGGAGAUUGGUUUGACUACGUAUCCUGCCCUCACUACCUAGCAGAAACGCUCAUCUAUACUUCUUUAGCGGUCAUCCUUGGUGGUCAUCAUAGGACAUGGUGGCUUGUCCUUAGUUUUGUGUUCUCUAAUCAGACUGCUGCCUCGGUCAAGGUCCAUAGAUGGUACCAAGGAAAGUUUGAGGAUUAUCCUAAAGAGAGGAAGGCUUUCAUGCCAUUCGUCUUUUAACCUCAUCUGAAGUUCUCCAUUUAACUCUAGGCGUAUCCCUUGGACAUGGUCAUUUUGUGUUGCAGUUGUUACAACGUAUCAUGCAAUUAUGAACAUAAUAGACUUAUCCAAGGAAAAGUCUUCUUUAAUAUUUGGUCUGAUUUCAAGCUGAUUCUAAAAUCAGAUGCAUUAAAUUUUUUGAUGUAGUCUGUAAUUUAUGGGACAAGAUAAUUUGGAUUUGGCCCUUUAUUAUACAUUCAAACUGAAUUGUAAGGACACUUCAAGUUUAUCAGCAGACAAGUUCAUAGGUUACAUGAAAUUUCAGGGUUGAUAUUAAGAGACAAAAUUGUCAUGUUCAUAGGCAAGGACUGUACAUGUAGUCUUCAAAAUAAUACAGGUUUGAAUGUGGUUUGAUUAUACUGUGUGCCAAAUGGAAGUGUAGCUCAGAAGUUUGAGUAUCUCUCAAUAAUUUUUAUGUAGCUAUGAUAAAAUUGACAUAUGCUAUGAUUAAAAACAUUGUUUGAGAUCCGUUUAGUCAUGACCAAAUUAGUAUUAUACAAAUAUUGACUGCUCAUGAGGAUGAUGGUUGGAAUUAUCACUCCCAAGGUGGUGUUCAUACCGGCCCUUCUAUCGACCCCGAGGCGAAGCCGAGGGUGAUAGAAGGGCCAGUAUUAGCACCACCGAGGGAGUGAUAAUUUCCUCCACCAUCCCAUUACAGAGCAGUCCAUAUUUGUUUAAUAUACCUCAUCCUUUUCAUUGAUUCAUGAAUAGGUCUAGAAAAUAAGGGGUUAGGAGUUCUAUCACAGUGUUUGAUAGUACUAUCAAACCCUCUGAUGCAAUGAUAGAUCAAAAUGCUCCUUGUCAUGUGAUAUAGUAUUGACCAAUCAGUGAAUGACAAUCUAUGUAUGAGGUAUAUAA